AUGCCAUCUACCUCAGAAAAGGAGUCAUGCAAAUCAGUGGUACCUCCAAGUCACCGACAGGCAGCGUCUCCUCUGCUGGGUUCUGUGGUCGCUGGCCUGGACGAGAGAUUCCCUUCAACUACUGAGAUACUCCAGAACCAUAUGCCAAUGGACAGCAAUAUCAAGGAUCUUCAUGAGACUUUUUAUUCUCCCACUGGCUUCUCCAACGACGACGUGACGUAUCUGGGCCGCUUUCCAGACUACGCCAUGCUUAGUGGUGUUCGUUUGCCCGAGCCACAGCCCGACUUCUACAUACACCUAUUGCUCGACCCUAAUAGACCCAUCAGGUGGCCAUAUAAUCAGACGAUGGGUGAAUUUAUUCCUAGUAUAGUGAAGCCUGUGCUCUCUCGGCUGGUCCCUCGUUUGGAGCUAGGCAAGAAUAUAGACGAGAUUCAUGGACCAGUUCCUGACUACGGGGAGAAAUUGGAACCCUCUAUGAAUAGAUUCUUCGCAAAGAUGACCACAGAUAAGCUCAUCCAACGUGGAUCAUGGGGUAUCGAGAUUGAUCAACCAAUCCACAUACCCCCUGGGAAUCCAAUCGCCCUUCGCCAUGAAACAGACCAAGCCAAAUUUGUUGGAGCACAAGAUUAUAUGGCAUACCGAGGCGACUAUUUUCUGCCCGCACUAGAGCUCUGGGAAAGGGAACAGAAAGAGCAAGGCAUCAUUCCCGAAGACUGGCAACCUGCUACCUUGGAUGACCACCCUCACUACUCUGGAUGGAAAGAGCCGCCCCUCAACCCUAAUCGCCAAUGCGGGGAAGACCCAUUGAUAACGAUAUCGAUCAUUGAAGUAACAGAACUGCCACCACUAGAGCUACAAACGCAAACUGUCGUUCACUAUAGCCUUGUUGCCAGCAAAGCUUACCAGAGGCCAUUUGAGUCUCACUAUCCUUACCGCUCAAUAAUGCUUGCCUUCGAUAUCUCCCCUCCAGCGGCCGGAAACCAGUGCCCAAAGAAAAAGCCAUGGAGAGUCAAGGGUAAUAUCUUCAGCCAGGCGAAAGAUGCGAUAUACUCAUACCCUCUACAGGUUGCUAUAACUGCUCCCAGCGCCGUCUUAACUGUGACCGUGGCACCCCAUGCCAGAAGUGCGUCAAGAAGGGGCUCCAAUGUUCCGGUCUCGGGGUACGAUAUCGGUUCAUAG